GGUUUUUAGGAAUUUUGGCGGUUAGGGUUUUAGUAGGAUUGAUAUAUUCGGUAAUAGAAUUUUUCGGCCAAAAUGUUAAAACCUGAGCCUGUUCAACUUUGCUUUCAGUUUUAUUUUUCCCCUUCUUUUUGGCAUUUUUGAAAGCUUUCUGUCUCUGAUCCCAAAAUCACAAGGUUAGGGUUUUAGAAUGGAUUGAAUGUCGGUGCUACAACUCAUAAUUUCUCAAGAACUGUGCUGAAGUAGCUGAAAGAUCUAAGAAAGGUUUUUUUUGGUUUAAACUGGACUGAUCCGGGAUGGCAGAGCGGGGUGUCUGCCGGCAAGUUAAAUUCCUGAAUUCUCAAGGAGAUAGCACUGCCAAAUCGUUGCCUGGAAAAAUUGAGGAAGAAUAUGAUGAAGAUGAUAAAAAGCAUGUGAAAACUAUGUUGAUUUCAUGCCCAGAAGUACGGAAGAGAAAAUGCCUUUCCUCCAACCAACUGAGAAAAGAAAAAGCUGCAAGAUGUGGGAAACAAAGCUUAAGUAAUGGUCCUAACAAGGGCAAGCAAAACAAACAUAAAAAUACUGUAGAGAGAUGGUCUGCUGAAAGGUAUAAUCUAGCUGAAGAAAGCAUGUUAGAGAUCAUGAAGGCUGAAGGGGCUGUGUUUGAGAAUCCAAUAUCUCGGCCUGCUUUGAGAAUGGCAGCCCGUAAACUUAUUGGUGAUACUGGGCUAUUGGACCAUCUGCUGAAGCACAUUGAUGGAAAGGUGGCACCUGGAGGUACUGAUAGGUUUCGGCGUUGUUACAAUACCAGUGGAGUGAUGGAGUAUUGGCUGGAGAAUGCUGACCUGGCCAACAAGCAAAAGGAGGCUGGGAUCUCCCCAUUUUGGCAGAAACCUGUUGCAGCUCCCAAUCAUGUUUCAGCUGGUGCUAUAGAAUUCAAUCUGCUUAAUGAAGAAAUGGUAAAACUGAAGAGAGAUAUGCAGGAGCUGGUAUCCAAGCAGCAAGAGCAAGAUCAAGCAAAUUCAAUUGAGGAGAUGCAGAAAGAAAUGUUGAAAUGGAAAGCAAAGACAGAUGAGCGCGUAAUGGAGUUUGCAAGUUCAUUGAAUGGUAUGCAGAAUAUGUGCAAAGAACUGAUGACAUGGAAAACUAGAGUUGAGCAGCAGAUGCUGGAAAUUUCAAAUUCAUUGAGCAGUCUGCAGGCAUCAAAGCAAUGCCCUAUCUUUAGUCCAGCUUCUGAAAGAUGGGAAGAUUGGUUAGAGAGCACCAACCUGGACAAUUUUCAAGGGGGGUCCAUUCAUCCUCAAACCACCUUGUUCUCCCCCCUUCUCUGUCUUUCUGGCAAGAUGGGUUCACCACCACUUUGGAUUCUGCUUCUGGGUGUGUUGUUUAUGGCUUCUGGAACAAUCGCAGCUCCCCCUAGGAAGCCUGUAGAUGUCCCAUUCUCCAGAAACUAUAUGCCUACUUGGGCUUUUGAUCACAUUAAGUAUUUCAAUGGUGGCUCUGAGAUUCAGCUCCACCUUGACAAAUACACUGGUACUGGUUUCCAGUCCAAAGGAUCAUACUUGUUCGGACACUUCAGUAUGCAAAUAAAGCUAGUCCCUGGAGAUUCUGCUGGGACUGUCACUGCCUUUUAUUUGUCUUCUCAAAACUCAGAGCAUGAUGAGAUAGAUUUUGAGUUCUUGGGCAACAGAACAGGGCAACCAUACAUUCUUCAGACCAAUGUGUUCACUGGUGGCAAAGGAGACAGAGAACAAAGGAUUUACCUUUGGUUUGACCCAACCAAAGAAUACCACUCCUACUCUGUCCUCUGGAACAUGUAUCAGAUAGUGUUCUUUGUGGACGACAUACCAAUCAGAGUGUUCAAAAACUGCAAAGAUUUGGGAGUGAGGUUCCCAUUCAACCAACCAAUGAAGAUAUACUCCAGCUUAUGGAACGCCGAUGACUGGGCCACAAGGGGUGGUCUCGAAAAGACCGACUGGUCCAAAGCCCCAUUCAUUGCCACAUACAAGAGCUUCCACAUCGACGGCUGCGAGUCGUCGGUGGAAGCCAAGUUCUGCGCCACACAGGGCAAGCGGUGGUGGGACCAAAAGGCAUUCCAGGACCUCGACGCCUAUCAGUGGCGCAGACUGCGUUGGGUCCGCAAAAAGUUCACCAUUUACAACUAUUGCAGCGAUAGGGUGAGGUACCCCACGAUGUCGCCCGAGUGCAAGAGAGACAGAGACGCUUGAUUCAUUUGCAUCACCGAGUCCAAGUUCCCCCCUUAUAUUCUUCACUACCAUAUGAGAUCCGUCAUUGUCCUUUAGAUUUCAAUUGCUUGUUGGCCUUCACAUCAAUUUCAUUAUAUGUAAUUUUACUCUUAAAACAUUGGUUUUCGUGAUAAUAUUAUUUAAAUAUAGAUCACAAUAACAUUAUCUUGUAAGUAUAAUAAGCUUGGAUUCGAUUUCAAAUAA